AUGGCCGAUUAUUCGUUUGAUGAAGACUGCGACUAUCUUUUCAAGGCCGUCCUUAUCGGGGACUCGGCCGUCGGGAAAUCUAAUCUCUUAUCAAGGUUUGCAAAAGAUGAGUUCUGUUUGGAGUCAAAGCCUACUAUUGGGGUUGAGUUUGCAUACAGGAAUGUUAAGGUGGGUGAUAAGCUGGUCAAGGCUCAGAUAUGGGACACUGCUGGACAAGAAAGAUUUCGAGCCAUUACAAGUUCGUACUACCGUGGUGCCCAAGGAGCCCUACUCGUGUACGACAUAACAAGGAGGUCGACUUUCGAAAGCCUGAGAAAAUGGCUAAAAGAAUUGCGACAAUUCGGAAGUCCCGAGAUGGUGGUGGUGCUUGUCGGGAAUAAAUCGGAUAUAACCAAGUCGAGGGAGGUGGAUAUGGAAGAUGGCAAGUGUUUGGCCGAGCUUGAGAGCCUCUCUUUUAUGGAGACUUCAGCCAAGGAGAAUUUGAACGUGGAGGAGGCUUUUUUACAGAUGAUCACAAGGAUUUUCGAAAUCACUCAUCAAAAGAGCUUGUUGGAAUCUAACAAGAUGAGCGAUCAUGAUCAUGCCACGUCGGCAAGUGCUGAUCAGACGAUACUGAAACUGGAGAAGAAGGAAAUUAUACGUAUCGAUGAAUUAUCUACUACUAAACAAAGUAGUCAUUGUUGUUCCUAUUGA